GUGUCUAACCUGUCAUGUCUGCCCCCUACUAGCAUGUGAAAGUUACCACUUAUCGUGUCGAAAUUCAUCAAGAUAUAAAGAGGAUGGCGGCCCAUAAAUUAGGACAUUGCUUGUUCAGGUGCACAGCACCACUGCGCAGUGACAGACUACUUUGGCAAAGCUGUAGUUUCCAGGGACUACGGGGCAACUUUUUAGCACACGGCGGGCAGCUACAUGCAGGACUCUCUUGUUUUUUGACCGCGGCCCAGACGGGGAGGUCACCGGCAGGCUAUCGCGGGAACGCUGUCAGAUUUUACUCUCGGGACGGGGCUGGCUGGCAGGGCCUAAGCGGUGCUGCGGGGCAGUCUCUCAGCUCACAGAACCCUGGUGACGCUACGGAUUUUCCCUCCCCGGCCGCGGUGAGCGUAGCCGCCGCUGUCACCGAGACGACAGAGAGGACGGUGCCAUUCUACGUCCAGCUGAAGGAGUGCCAUUCUCCCGCGGACGUGCUGGACCUGGCGGGCCGCUACACGAUGACGUUACGGAGAGUUAGCAGCAGCCUGAGCCGCAUCUGGGAGACCACCAAGAAGAUGUCGGAGGAGCAGAGGCGGUACGAGCGGCAGCUGAUGCUCGAUCACCCCGCCUUCGAGCAGCUGUGCGCGUGCGCCGUGAAGGGCGCGGCCAGGAUGAGGAGCGAUGACCUCACCUUCAGCCUGCUGGCCGUGGUGAAGCUGGGGAUGCCCCAGCGCAGCCGGCUGGUGCAGACGCUCCUGCGCGCCACACAGGAAAAGCUGAAUGAGUUUGAUGAGAAGGCCCUGUCGGUGCUGGCCGCCUUCCUGGGUGACAUGAAGAGCUGCAAGAACGUGGACGCGCUCAGGAAUGGGCUUAGGCUGGUGGUGGAGGAUCGGGUUUCGGGGAUCGAGAGCGUGGUGGCGCUGCAGAACCUGAUGCGCUGCGUCGGGCGGGACGCGCCCCUGACCCUGAAGAGAAAGCUGGAGAAUAAAGCCCUGUCCAUGGUGGAUCAGUUCAGCCUCCCCAAUGCCCAGUACAUGGUCAUCACUUUGGCUGCCAUGCAUUUCACCUCAAAGCCCCUGCUGGACAUCUGCAGCAAGAAAAUCGCAGAGAGCAUCCACACCAUUCCGCCCUUCAGACUGAUGGACAUUGUGAAAGCCUGCAAGGACCUGCGCUACAGGGACCCGCACCUUUUCUCGGCUGUAGCCGAGCACCUGACGGCCAUCUUCGACAUGUGGAGCAACAAGCAGUUGAUCCUCUUCCUGUUGAUGUUCGAGGACCUUAAAUUCCGCCCAGUGGCCCUUUUGGACAGGCUCCUGGAGAGAGUAAUCCAGGAUCCAAACUCUCUGACCCUGAAGGAUGUCCUUAGUGUUCUGAAAGUCUAUUCACAGCUUAACCACGUUCCUGAAAACCACAAACAAGAGUUCCUCGAGAGGAUGACCAGUGUCUUGGAAUCCUACCUUCUCAAGAUGGCUCCCACAGACCUGCUGAGGGGAGUCUUUUCCCUGUGCAUUCUGGGACACUUCCCCCUUGCCCCACUUGAAAGGUUACUCCACAGAGAGACCCUGGAUGAGCUUACCAAAGGCGGCCAGGUCGUGCAGACGAACCAGCGAAGGUUGCAUUACGUGGACCUUUGUUUGAAGCUGGACCGUCCACCUUUACCUGAGGCCCUCACUGUGCCCCCUGGCACCAUUGACCCGCCCCUCACUAGCCAGACAGUUACCCGGGAUUGGGGGAAGCUAAUACAAAGGAUAGCAGGAGAUGCUGUACUACAGGAGGGCGUGGUGCUGGAAAAAAGCUACUUCAUAGACUGCGUGAUUACGCUGCCCCUGAAAAGGACAGACCUGAGCUCGCCGUCUGAAGGAGAACGUGCCUCUCCAGAGCCCCGUCAGAGGGUGGCGGUGCUCUUCGCGCCCCCGUCGUUCUUCUGCCUCGGGACGUCCCACCCCCGUGGCAGGCUGGUCAUGAUGAUGCGGCACCUGAGGGCCCUGGGCUACACACCUGUCCUGCUGCCGGAGCAGGAGUUUGACGUGCUGUCGGAAGAGGAGCGGGCGGAGAGGUUGAAAAGCCUGAUCUUCCCGGCGAAAGAGGAAGUCGGCGCCGUGUGACCGCGGACCGGGAGAGAGCGGGAGCCGAGUCCGACCGCGGAGGGGGACCUCAGGCCAGUCCUGUUCACGCGGCACUAUGUUGGGUGGUAUCCAGAGAGGGACGCUGGCCUGUGGUUUUGCUUCACACGUCACACAAACUGUCCUCAGAGGACCUGGGGACUCUUUCCAGCAGUCUCCAUGGCGUGUAGUGCAAUGCCAGCAAUCCUGCUGAAUUAAAUCAGAAAAGCUCACAUCAGUACUGUCGUUUUAUUAUUAUUUUAAAAUUUUUAUUUACACUUUAUCAUAAGAGAAGCAUCUUAAUGGGGUGGCCUGCUGCGUAGCCUUUACAUUGGAGCGCUGCUGUGCUGAUUUAGCCUGGACACGGCGUUUGCGGCUUCCUCUGAGCUGUUCGACAAGAUAUCCUGAGAGGAAAUGUGAGAGUCUGCCAAGUGUUAUUCAGAUUCUAAUUAUUAGGUAUUAUGGGUAACCUGUAAGUUAUUCAUAAUGUCCUUUGAUUGGCACUUGGGGGGGUGGGUGGACUGGGGAGACACCUCAUUGGCUUUUACUGUCUAUUGAAGCAAUUAGAAAUUUGAUCUCCCAGAUCUCCACGCAAUGUGUUCUCAAGUUUAAUUCACUGGCAUUGAACUGGGAUAUUGGGCAUCCCAGAAACAGUGUUGAGACUAGUGUUGAUGUGGGUUUUUAACUGCUGCAGUUGUCCGUGCUGUCUGAAGAAGAAUUUGUUUACCGGGAGCAAUAAUGAAAUAAGCAUAUUUGUAUAUGUGCGGUAUGGAAGUGGAUUCAUUAAAUUUUGAAUAUAAAAUAGAUUUACUGCCAAA